CAGUCAGUCGAACAACACGGGUUGGUAAUGAACGUAACAGAUUCAACUUGUCGCUGAGAACGCGACCGCGGUUCGACAUUAGAUCACUGCUAACGAGUGCGACUACAAAUACGAAUACGAGUGCAAGUGUAUGAGUGUGAGUGUGAGUGAGUGACUACGAAUAAUUUCCGGGCAGUAAGAAUCACUCACUGGCCAAAAAAUUGUGAAUAACCCGCUUACAUACUUAGUAUACACAUGUGUCGGUUGUUUUCGCAUUCGCUUUCAUAAUUAUAGCCCGAAUUUGUAACUGCCAUCAAAAUGCAAAAUAUGUGGAUAAUUUUCAUGAUUCUGGGCAUUAUCGUGCUCUGCCUUCUCCUACUCUUGAUUGUGGCACUCCGUUAUCAGCGUGACUAUUGGCGCUAUCUCGGCAUACCGCAUGAGCGCCCAAAAAAAUUGUGGCCCAUCAUGAAGCAACUAGUCACGCAGAGCUUAAGCACCGAUGCCAUGAAAUCGGCCCAUUACACGGCCAUCUACAACAAGUUCAAGGGCAGCGGUCCCUUCUGUGGCUUCUACGCCUUGUUGCAACCCCGAGCUUUGAUCCUUGAUCGGGAGCUAAUUCGUCAGAUCAUGGUUAAGGAUUUCUGGAAUUUCAAUGAUCGCGGCAUUUACUGCAAUCAGAAAACGGAUCCGUUGUCAGGUGAUCUGUAUGGCUUGCGAGGCAACAGCUGGAAGGAGAUGCGACAAAAGCUGGAUCCUAGCUUUGAGCGCGAUCGCAUGGCCUGGCUCUAUGGCAGUCUAUACGAGGAAGCGGAGCAGCUGCUUUUGGUGGUCAGUACCACGCUGAUGAAGCAACAACACACCACACUUCAUAUACAGAAGCUAAUGCGACGAUAUGUUAUCGCAGCCUUGGCCAGCUGUGUCUUUGGUCUGAAUGCCGAGCACCGAAAAAAGUAUCCACUGGAGAAAUUUGAGGAGAUGACUGAACUGGUGUUGAGCACACGCAAGCAUGGCUAUCUGCUCAAUCUAAUUAUGAUUCGGUUUCCCAAUUUCUGUCGCCGAUUGCGCUUACGCCUCACACCGAAAGAGGCGGAAGUUUAUUUCCUCACGCUGCUCGAGGACAUUGUGGCACAACGUGAAGCGUCCGGUGUGCGCUGUCAGGACUAUUUGCAACUGCUGCUGGACAUCAAAGCACUCGAAUUAACCACACACGAGUACGAGGCAGACAAGGAGUUAAAUGCCCAUCUGCAGCAUGAGCUGGCCGCCCAUGCAUUUGUCUUCCUGAAGGCGGGAUAUGAGCAGACAGCCAACACAUUGUCCUAUGCGCUCUACGAGUUGGCUGUCAACACCGAAGUGCAGUCGCAGGUGAGGCAGGAACUCAAGGAGGUGAUGGCAAAGCAUAACAACAAUCUCAGUUACGAGUGCAUUCAAUCCCUGACACUAAUGGGUCAUGUCAUAAACGAAACCCUGCGAAUGCAUCCUAUUACACCGUACAUACAACGACGUGUCCUCGAGAACUAUGCGGUGCCAGAUCAUCUGAAGUAUACGCUGGUCAAGGAACUCUUUCUAAUUAUUCCCACCCAUGCCAUACACAACGAUCCCGAGUAUUAUCCGGAACCAGAGCGCUUCAAUCCCGACCGUUGGGGCAGUCCCCGAGACUCGUUACAGGUGCAGAGCACUUGGUUUGGCUUUGGAGCCGGAGCCCGAAAUUGCAUUGGACUGCAAUUUGCGCAGCUUCAGCUACGCUUGGCUCUCUCACUGCUUAUCCUAGAGUUUGAGUUCACCUUAAACUCGAAGCGACCUCUGGUCAACAUUGACGAUGGAAUUGCGCUGCAGUUGACGCCUCUGGGCGUGGUCGAGCCUGGACUGGAGGAACGAGCUCUUUAACCAAAUCAUCGGUUGUGUUACAGUCUACGAAUAAUGAAUUUAAAAUGUGAACAAAGUGGUAUUACAGGCCCUAACAAUAAAUAAAUUAAUUUAAAGAUAUUAAAACACAGAAAGAGAAGAAAAGCUUAAUUUGAAAUAUAUGCAAUAAAUUUAAAAGCAAUAAAGAAGCAAAUUUAAAUCAAUAGUACAAAUAUAACAAAAUGAAAAACUAAAAAUGAAUUCAAGUUAUAAAACUGGUAAUCAUAAAAACGAAUCCACAAUUUAAAAAG